GGCCUGCUCUUCACAGUACAGUUCGGUCAACACCACUAUUUCUUUUCAGUGUCAUACAGUGAGCUGCUUUUCAUAUUAAUUGUAUUUUGUGUUUCCUCUUCCCGUGUGUCUCAUUAAUUAAUACAAUAAAAAGUAUACAAUAAUGGUCUCCAGAAAAAAGCGUAUAGAAAGCAGACGUCAGAGCCUUGAUGUUUUAUCAGCCUUAAAAUUGCAAUGUUCUUCUGUGGCCAAUGGAAUCACUGAACAAAAUGGCAAGUUCCAUCUUACAGAAGACAAACCAGGAAGUGAAAUAAAUAACAAUGAUAGAGAAGACUAUUUGAACAAUGAUGACACGAAUGACAACGUCACAAACAACAAAAACAAAAGGACAACAUUUCUGCAGAAAGUUUUUUCCUGGAGGGCUGCUAUUGUGCUGUUGCUACACACAUCUGUUCUUGUGAAUGUCUUGCCCAGAAACAACAUGCCCAUGGCUUUGGUCUGUAUGGUGAAUAGACCCAAAGUGCCCGGGGUCAAUUCUACCAGUGCAACAGUGGCAUUAGACAUGCCUCAUGCUAAUUUUUCACUGAUCGAGGACAUCCAAUACGAGUUUGACUGGGACUCUGAGGCUCAGGGCUAUCUCUUGACCAGCGUCCAGUUUGUUGCAUGUCUAGGCCCUCUGGUGGCCAACAUGACCAAGAGUCUGAUUGGUGGAAAGUUUAGCUUGAUGCUGUUUUCACUGGUGAUAGCUAUUCUGAGCCUGGUGUCUCCUCUAGCAGCCCGGACCAACAUCUACUUACUUCUGGCUAUACGUAUUAUAACUGGAAUUUGUUCUGGAACCACUGCCCCAGUUGUUGGAGAGGCUCUUGCUUGGUGGUCUCCUGACUCAGAGAAACUGACUUGGAUAGCUUUUAGCCAUGCAGGUUUCAACGUUGGUGCUGUGUUUUGUUCUUUCGUCUCUGGAUAUCUCUGCACUGUUUCCUUGGACAAUGGCUGGCCUUUAAUUUUUUACUUUACUGGUACUGUCAACCUGAUUUGGUUAAUGGCCUGGUAUUUUCUCUACAUGGACAAACCAGAGAAACAUCCUUACAUCAGUGAAACAGAGAGAGCGUACAUCCUGGCCAAUCGAACUGGCAUGACUACGUCAACGGAAAAAAAACUCAAAGCGCCUUACAAAAAAAUAUUGACAUCCAUUCCCAUGAUUGCAUAUGUGUACUCCUCUACCUGUUAUUUCUGGACAAUGACCGUUAUAUUCACCUACCUGCCUCUCUACAUCAGCGGAGUGUUACAAGUUACAGCUGAAAAGACAGGAAUUUUAUUCUCGGCCAUUGCUUUCUUCCGUUUUCUUGGAGCUUUUUUCUGGACAGGGCUGGACAACUGGAUGAGGUCUUACACUUCGCUGACCAAGUCCAAAGUUAGAAAACUGUGUGUCUUCACAGGUUUCUUUGUUGCUGGCUCCCUCAAUCUGUCCCUGUGCUUUUUAGACGUAGAGUAUAAAGUGGCUGCUAUAUGUAUUUUAAUGAUAAUGAUGCUGUUACAGGCAGUGGGCAUGACUGGUCUCACCGUGAUCCCACUUGAAAUGGCGCCCAUGUUUUCAGGAUUGAUAACUAGUAUUAACCUUUUUAUCGCCAUGCUGACCUCCAUAUCUGGACCAUUAGUGGUCGCCUACAUUGCACCAAAUAAUACUUUUGAAGAAUGGAGAAUGGUUUGGAUUUUGACAAGCUUUGUCUACAUGUCGGCUGGAGUUGUCUUUGUCUUUUUUGGCCGAGCUGACCGUCAACCCUGGGCACAGGGCAAGCGAGAGGCCGUGCCCAACAUUAUUCUUCCGUUUGUCCACAUGGGCCGCAGGUUCUCUAAUACUCACGAGACGCUGCCGCUGAGCCCCAUCAGCGUAAGCAAGAAGUUUGACUUCAGUCUCAACGCCCAGCUGGCCUUCAUGCUGCCCGCUCUCCCAGAGUCUCCACAGUUGACGCACCAGCUGCACCUUCGGCUAAAUCGGAGCUCAACCGAAAGCGCAAAGAAGUUCACCUCGGAAAUAACUUCAAGUCAGGACAUUGAUGUAGAAAAAAGACUCGGGGGUUUGGACAACGCAGGAUACCAGACUGAUUCGAUAUUUAGCGUAUCAGCGUCUGAUUUAAAUAGGAACAAACAUUUAACGAAUGAUGCUUGAAAUCAAUUUAGACACUUUGAAUAAAAACUAAGCUUUCAAAAACUAUAAUUUUGAACUAAUCUUCUAAUAAAGGUAAUUUUUACUAAGCGAAAAUACUAGGUCUAAACAUUUUAGAAGAGACUAAAUCUACGCAUUGCCAAAAUGAUUCGUCCACUUCGAAUAACUAUUGCAAUGUGCUAGAUGCCAUUAAAAUUACGGAGACAAAUUGUUUUAUCACAAAUCAAAGACAAAUGUAAAGUUAUGACUUUUUUUUUCAAAGUGUAUUUCUGUAAUGUAAUGUUUGCUUCUCAAACUGUUACAUGUACUAAUAAACAAGCAUGUAUGCAGAAAGGGUGAAGAUACUAAAACUGUAUUUCUAAAGUGUAAAUAUUAAAAUUAUGAUUUUUAUAAACAGA